GAAAUUGUGCACAUCCAGGCCAGUCAGUGUGGCAAUCAAAUCGGUGCCAAGUUCUGGGAGGUGACCAGUGAUGAACAUGGCAUCGACCCCACCAGCACCUAUCACGGGGCUAGCAACCUGCAGCUGGACCGCAUCUCCCUGAGCCACUCGCAGGGAGGGGGCAUGGGCUCUGGGAUGGGCACCUUGCUCAUCAGCAAGACUUGUAAAGAAUAUCCUGACCACAUCCUGAACACCUUCAGUGUGGUGCCCUCACCCAAAGUGUCCGACACUGUGGUUGAGCGCUACAACGCCACCCUCUCUGUCCAUGAGCUGGUGGAGAACACUGAUGACACUUACUGCAUUGACAAGGCCCUUUACGACGUCUGUUUCUGCACCCUCAAGCUGACCACGCCAACCUACAGACACCUGAACCACCUCGUCUCGGCCACCACGAGUGGUGUCACCACCUGCCUCUGCUUCCCUGGCCAGCUCAGUGCUGACCUCCACAGGCUAGCAGUCAACACGGUGCCCUUCCCACAUCUCCACAUCUUCCUGCCUGGUUUUGCCCCUCUAACCAGCCGUGGAAGCCAGCAGUAUCGGGCCCUCCCUGUGCCUGAGCUCACCCAGCAGGUCUUAGAUGCCAAGAACAUGAUGGCUGUCUGUGGCCCCCGCCAUGGCCAGUUACUCACUGUGGCUGCUGUCUUCCGUGGAUGGAUGUCCAGGAAGGAGGUGCAUGCGCAGAUACUCAACGUGCAGAGCAAGAACAGCAGCUACUUCAUGGAAUGGAUCCCCAACAACGUCAAGACGGCCGUCUGCGACAUCCCACUCCAUGGCCUCAUAACGGCAGUCACCUUCACUGGCGACAGCACGGCCAUCCAGGAGCUGUUUAAGUGCAUCUCAGAGGGGUUCACUGCCAUAUUCCACCAGAAGGCCUUCCUCCACUGGUACACAGGUGAGGGCACGGAUGAGAUGGAGUUCACCGAGGCUGACAGCAACAUGAACGACCUUAUCUCCGAGUACCAGCAGUACCAGGAUGCCACUGCAGAAGAGGAGGAGGAUUUCGGUGAGGAGGCCGAAGAGGAGGCCUAA